AUGGAGAAACAGAAUCUCACAGUUCUGAGUGAAUUUAUUUUGAAAGGCAUUACUGACCGUCCUGAGCUGCAGGUCCCACUAUUUGGGUUGCUCUUCAUUAUCUAUCUGAUCUCAGCAGUGGGUAAUUUGGGCAUCAUCAUUAUUACUAACGUGGACUCCAGGCUCCACACACCCAUGUACUUUUUUCUCAAACAUCUGGCUUUCACUGACCUUGGAUAUUCUACAGCCAUAGGACCAAAAAUGUUAGUGAAUUUUGUUGCAGAGCAUAAUGCAGUCUCCUAUUAUCUUUGUGCUACACAGUUAGCUUGCUUUCUUCUUUUUAUUACUUGUGAACUUUUUAUUCUUUCUUCAAUGUCCUAUGACCGUUAUGUGGCUAUAUGUAACCCUCUUCUCUAUACUGUCAUCAUGUCACAAAGAAUAUGUUGGGUACUUGUGGCAGUCCCAUAUAUCUAUAGUGUAUUUGUAUCUUUAAUUGUCACACUAAGGUUAUUCACUUUAUCCUUUUGUGGCUACAAUAUCAUCAAUCAUUUUUUCUGUGAUUGUAUCCCAUUGAUAUCUUUACUCUGUUCAGAUACACAUGAGGUUGAAGUGAUAAUUAGGUUCUUUGCAACAUUUGAUUUGAUUUCCUCUCUUCUGGUUGUCUUUGUGUCUUAUCUGUUUAUUCUCAUAACUAUUCUAAGGAUGAAAUCUGCUGCUGGCAGACGCAAGGCUUUCUCCACCUGUGGGUCUCACCUGACAGUGGUCAUUGUCUUCUAUGGGACUUUGAUAUUUAUGUAUGUGCAGCCCAAGUCCAGUCAAACAUUUGAGACUGAUAAAGUGUCUUCCAUAUUUUACACACUUGUUAUCCCAAUGCUGAACCCCUUGAUCUAUAGCUUGAGGAAUAAAGAUGUAAAAGAUGCCAUAGAAAGAACCUGGAAAAAGAUAAUUACCAGUUUUUCUUAA